GCUUCCGGGUCAGGCGGAUCGGAACUGUUUCGGAUUGUGCCAUGGUGGUUGUAAACACGUGUUAGUUCAGCCUUCAUCUCUGACUUUGACCCAAACAGACCGAACCAGUUAUUCAGAACCAGCCGAGGAGGAGAGAACAGAGCUUCGGAGACCUCCUGCAACCAUGGGCCCGCUCCGCUCAAAGAAGCGCCGACCAACUUUCCGUCGCCUAUUGAAGACAAGCGACAUGAAGCUGGAGAACAAGGUAAAGAACCGUCAACUGAAGCAGCAGAAUGUCGCCAAGAAGCAACGCAAGGAGCAGAAGAGGAUGCGGCAGGCCAUGAAAGGCGCCGCCUUGCAGAUGCCUCGCCCACUGGAGACGUACAGGAAGAGACCAGAGGAGGAGGAAGAGGAGGAGGAGUUCCUGGAGAGCCUGCCCACAGAUAUGAUGGAUGAAGAAGACUUGCAGCAGAUGACUGCCAUGGCCCGAAAAGCAUCCUUCAUAACCAGAGACCUGUCUUCCUGCGGGCCGGUGCAUAGCAGCAAGAAGAGGAGCGCCGAUGUGGUCCGCAGCUACGAGAAGAUUCCAAGGAAAAUGGCAAAGAUGGAGGAAAAGGAGCUGAUCCAACUGCUUCCGAUCAAAGACAAAAGUGGUGUGAUCCCGAGGUGCAUCGAGAGAGCAGUUAAACGGUAUCCAAAUGAAGUAGAAGAAGAAGAGGAGGAGGAACUCGCUGAGACGCCAGAGCAAGAGGACAACGAGGGUGCGUCACCGAGCUUCAUGGAGCUGACACCGGAGCAGAGAGAGCAAUUCAGAGUUCAGGCAUUAAACAUAAAGAAACAGCGCAUUGCUAGCCUGGCUUCAACAAUCAUUUCAGAUCCAUUAAACAAUAUGAAGCGUGUGAAGGAGCUCCGGGGGAUGAUGAUGGAGGCUGACCCCAGCGUGGCGGUCUCCGUGAGGAAGAUGGUGAUGGUUUCUCUCAUGGAGGUCUUUAAAGACAUCGCCCCCACCUACAGGAUACGACCUCUGACCCCUGCAGAGAAGAACACCAAGGUGAAGAAAGAGACGCAGCAGCUUAGAGAGUUUGAGGAAAGUCUCGUGAGUCAGUACAAGUUCUAUCUGGAGGAUCUGGAACAGACCAUCAAAGACUGGAAGCAGAAGAAGAGGAAACGCAGUCAGGUAGUGAGCUUUCAGUCCUACCGCAGCCUGGCUGAGGUCUCUGUCCGCUGCCUAUGUGAACUGCUGCUCACUAUGCCACACUUCAACUUCCACAACAACAUCAUUGUCACUCUGGUUCCUCUGAUGAACGACCCCCUGAAGACGGUGUCAGACAUGUGUUGUGAUGCGUUCAGGAAGCUCUUCCAGGAAGACAGAGUGGGUGGGGCAUCACUGGCCACUGUGCGGGUCAUCUCUGGCCUCAUAAAGAGUCUCAACUACAGCGUCAGACCUGAGAUGCUUCGGACUCUGCUCAGUCUGAGGAUCAAGGAGGUGGAGAUGAAGAAAGACCUGGAGGCCACAGCAACAAAAAAGAAGUUUAUGACAAACAAAGAGAAGAAGAAGAACUUGUCCAGGAUGCAGAGGAAGUGGAAGAAGGCGGAGGAGAAGCUGGAAAAAGAGCUGCUGGAAGCAGAAGCAUCAGAGAGCAAAGAGAGGAAGACUAAGCUGCACACUGAGACUCUGAACAUCAUCUUCCUCAUCUACUUCAGGAUCCUGAAGAAAGCUCAGAAAUCUGUCCUCCUCCCUGUUGUCCUGGAAGGGCUGGCUAAUUUUGCUCACCUGAUUAACCUGGAGUUCUUUGAUGACCUGCUGAAUGUGCUGCAGAACCUCAUCCAAUCAGGAAAUCUGACCAAUCGGGAGAGUCUCCACUGCAUCCAGACAGUCUUCACCAUCCUAUCUGGACAAGGUGAUGCCCUGAACAUCGACCCUAUGAACUUCUACUCUCAGCUUUACAGAAUUCUGAUGCGGCUUCACGCCGGGGCACCCAAUGAUGACAUCAUCAUAGUACUGCGCUGUCUGGACGCCAUGCUGACUCGUCGCAGGAAGCAGGUGACCCUGCAGAGGGCCAUGGCCUUCCUCAAACGACUGAGCACUCUUAGUAUGCAUGUCAUGCCAAAUGCCAGCGUAGGAAUCCUCGCAGCAAACCGAGCCACCAUGCAUUCAUUCUCCAAGUGUGACUUUCUUUUGGAUAAUGAGAUUCAGGGUAGUGGCUUCUACCUGCCAGAGCUGGACGAACCCGAACAUUGCAACGCUCAGAACACUGCACUCUGGGAGCUUCACACACUGCAGAGACAUUUCCACCCGGUUGUAAGGCGGUUUGCAAGUCAUCUAAGUCAUGGAGCUCCCAGUGACGGCUCAUCAGCACUCAGUGUGGAGCUCUGCCGCAGGUCUCCACUGGAGCUGUUUGAAGACUACAGUGUCAAAGACAUGACCUUUAACCCACCUGUGGCUCCACCUGCCUCCAAAAAGAAGGAUCAGUUUGUGGUCGGAGCGGCACUGCUGGACGACAAGCUGCAGAAACAAGUGGAUAGCAUCCUAAAUGCUGCCGAGGACACACAGCUAGACUUUACUGCAGCACAGCACUGACACACUCAAGAUGUGUCAGAGCGAGGCUCCUGCUAGGAGGGGACCAUCGGAAGACAGAGCCUGAUUUAUGUCAGGAGACGGGAGACAUCAGCUUGGAGAAACAGGUUUAUUCUGUUUCAGAACAUGUUCAGGUGAUGUAGAAGAGUGGAAGAUCUGGUGGUGUUAUUCAUGACCCGGACUUGCUUCCAGAAUGAGACAAUAAAGACCAACAGCACACGACCGUGGUGAUUUAAAAUAUUCCCAACAUGUUGGUCUUCAUGUUUGGGGACAGCAGCUUAUUUUUAUCAAAGGAAAACCAAAAAUAAACCUGAUAAACCUGACACAUCUGUUUGUCGAUCAUUAAAACAGCAGUUCUGCAUUAGACGUCAUGUCCCGUUCCUCUGUUUUAACGUCUUAUCAGAACUUCAUAAUGUUUGAAACUGGACCUUUUGAGUGCUACAUCAUUCAGCUCAUCUGUGGUUCCUGAAGGAAAGGUUGACCAGAACCUGCUCUGUGGAGAGACAGUUUAUGGUCAUGAAAAUGUCCAGUCAAGUAGAUCGUCCUGCUGCUUUACCUGCCCUGCACUUCCAGCCCAUCCCUGACUCUGACUGAAAUGUGCUGCUUAUCUUCACUCACCCAUCUUUACAACUUUCAUAAGGAUGGGAAGUUCCAUCAUCAUUUUCGGGAUUUAUCUCUCAAUCCCACUUUUGUCCAAUCAUCCAGUCCUUGACUGCUUAAUGUCAGCCCACUGGAACCUUGUUCUUUCCUGUUUAGGUAAAAAUGAUGGUUCCAGUUUUGCUUCAACUGGUUUUUUACAGUUUGCCCUCAGACUUAUUCCUGUUUGUCUUUCAUUUCUUUGUUUGGUUUCUUUUUAUCUGGCAGAUUGCUUUGAUUUUUCUGUUCUGGUAGUCAUUCUUUGUCUGGAGGUUUCCCUUUACCAAACUGAACCCUACUGACUGGAAACAGCCAUCAGAUUAUUUUCCUUCCUCCCCUGUUCUAGUUUGGGUUUGUUUCAUUUAAUAUAAGCUCUCACAGUUUGUGUGUCACAGCUCAGGUUUUAACCACAGUUACAACAGGAAGUAAACUCAUUAAUCUUAAACUGAGUUUAAAUAAUUUUGGUUUUUCAUCUAAUUAGAAAGAACAUGUUUUUAAGUUUUGCGUGUUGUUGAGCUUUAUUUAAUAAAGUCAGUAUUUUCAA